GUGACGACAGGCUGGUGUUGGCUACGCCGUUUGAAAGCGAAAGAGUCUUCAGUGUUUAGUUUAAGCUUUAAGUAGUUCCUAGACGCAUCCUAAUAACAACUUGGGGUUAAAACCAGGUAAAGGAUCGUUUUGUUUCCUGCAGAUGUCCUCCAUGCCUCAGAAGGCUUCAGGUGGUGGUCUGGGUGGUGUACCGCUUCAGCAGCAGCCGCAGAGCCUCCACAUGGGCGCCGGGUCAGGAGCCUCGGUCCCCGGACAGGCCUCCAUGCCCCCUAACCCCGCCGCUCUCCGAGAAAUCUCCCCGGUCUUCCUGUGCCGCAUCGGUCAGGACACCGUGCAGGACAUCGUCACGCGCACCAUGGAGAUCUUCCAGAUCACACGAGCAACUCAGUUGCCGAACGGUGUGACCCAGAGUCAGGCAGCGUAUCAGGACCGCUUUGGGAAACUGCAGGAGCACCUUCGCCAGCUGACUUUGCUCUUCCGCAAACUCCGACUGCUCUACGAGCGCUGUGUAGAGAUGACCUCCGACCUCCAGGAGUCUCCUGCUGAGCUGGUGCCGUAUGUCGGAGAGGAGAUGGCUCCGGUCAGAGUAGAGCCCUGCAACCCUGCUGUGACUCAGGACAAGCAAGAAGUUUUAAAGAAAGUGAGGCAGAAGAAUCAGGAGAUGAAGGUGCUGAUGGACCAGAUGAGGAACCUCCUAUGGGACAUCAACGCCAUGCUGACGAUGCGCAAAUGACCAGAAAAUGACCUUUCCAUUUUCUGUUUUCUUUUUUUUUCUUUUUCUUCUUUUGAGCCUCCUUUCCAUCCAGUCUCUUCUAGUCAGGGCAGCAGAUGGCUCAGGAUCACCGGUAUCAUUACUGAUGCAUUGUAUUUAGUCUUGAUUAAUGAGAUUCAGGUGGAGAACUUCCUCAAUUUACCAUCUCUCCUGUGUGAUAUGUACUUCUUGGUGUAAAGUACUGAACAGAGAUGCUCUCGGAUUAGCAGGGAUCUAGGAACACGAAUCUCAUGCCAAGUAGUAAGGAGCGAUCCCAGGUAAUCUCUAGAGGGACAGAUGGGAGACCAGCCUGAGCUACAGGUUUCCUGUGUGGCACUAACAUGGAAUCCCUGACCCUCUGAGCAGGAGACUGCGUGAUCUCUCACAUUUUUCAUCCUGGCAGCUAUUUUAUCAGGUGGAAGAUGGAGCAUCAGUGUAUGCGUGUACAUUUUCUUCCGGACGUGUGCCACAGUAAUAAUGUUUGUAAGGUAAAUCUUUUGUACAGUCAACGAUUUUCAUGUCAUUU